AUGGAAAUGAUGGAAAACGACAAAAACAUUUAUGUUCCUGUCCAGCAGGGGUCGCUGGUGGACACAUCACCUCAUCUGAACUCUACACACGAGCAGAGGCAUCAGCCAAUGGGAGAUGAGCAGCUGCGGUCCCGGCGCCUGCGCACUGCAGGUAUGAUCAUUUUGUUGCGAUAUCUUCUGCUGGGUUUUAGGGUUUCAGUGAGAGUCCCCCCGCGGCCCGGCCUGAUGGAAAACCCCAGAGAUCUGGCGGAGCGUCCCUGCAGGAAACGGCGCGACUCGUUCGGGAUGCUGGACGGUUUCGAGGAGGACCGGAGCAGCUGCAGCACUGAGUCCAGCGGGGGGAGCGGCGCCUCCAGCCCCGAGGACAGUGACGAGGAGGAGCUGGGGGGAGGAGGGGGGGCUCACUACAACCCCUCCUCCUCCUCCCUGACUCUCAUUAAGACCAACGGACAGGUGUACACAUAUCCCGACGGAAAGGCCGGCAUGGCGACCUGUGAGAUGUGUGGCAUGGUGGGCGUCAGAGAUGCUUUCUACAGUAAAACAAAACGUUUCUGCAGCGUCUCCUGCUCCAGGAGUUACUCGUCCAACUCCAAGAAGGCCAGCAUCCUCGCCAGACUGCAGGGGAAGCCGCCCACUAAGAAGGCCAAGGUUCUGCAGAAACAGCCUCUGAUGACAAAACUAGCUGCGUACGCUCAGCAUCAGGCCAACCAGCAUGGCGGCGUCAAGAAAAGCAUAACUGUGGAGGUGUUCGACUGGGGUCGUUACCUAGAAGACGUUGAAGCCACGGGAGCGCCGGUCGACUGCUUUAAACACGUCCCUAUGGGGAGGUCAUGGGGCGACAUCAGUGAAGGCGUUCGGGUGGAGGUCACUAACACGGACAGCGGUCUGCCCAUGAAGGUCUACUGGAUCGCUGGCAUCAUCAAACUAGCUGGGUUGAUGGCACAAGGGCACAGAAGUGACACCGAGGCGAGCAGAGUGAAGUGGGGACGACUGGAGCUGAUCCACGGAGGCUGGGUGAAGUCCACACAGGUGGAGAAAGAGGAGGAGUAG